CUCUUUCUCUGUCCGAAGUUCCUCUUCGCUCUCUUUCUAUCUUUCUCUCUCUAAAGCUUCGAAGAGAGAGGACCAAGAAGAGGCAGAAAUGGUAUCCACGAGACGAAGUGGAUCUUUAUCGAACAACAAUAACAACAGCAAGAGAUCGUCGUCGUCGGAAGAUAAACCUCUGUCGCCGAAGCGACAAAAGGGUGAGAAUCUUGGAGCUUCGGAGAAAUCGGCGCCGGCGGAGAAUUCCAAGGAAUUGUGCUCACAACUGCAAGCAGAUCCAACGGAAAGUGCCGUUGGUGAUCCUCUGGCGGGGGGAAGCGGCGGCGGAGAGGCUGUGAAGGGGGACGCGGCUCCGGCUGUUUCUGUGGUGACGCCGAUCGCUGAAGGGACUACACCGACUAUAGUGGAUAAGCCGAGAAGUACAUUUUCUUCUUGGAAGCAAAAUCAAGGUCACGAGACCACCACGCCUUGGUGUAAGCUUCUAACACAGUAUCCACAGAACUCGACUGUAUCUGUUUACCCAACGAACUUCUUAGUUGGUUCAGGCAAACAUGCCAAUCUUUUGAUAAAGGAUCAGACCAUUAGCGGGGUUUUGUGUGCUCUCAGGCUCUUACAGCGUGAAGGGAGUUCUAUUGCUGUUCUUGAAAGCAAGGGAAGCAAGGGAUCUGUGCAAGUCAAUGGAAAGAUCGUUAAGAGGAGUACUAGUUGUGUCCUCAACUCAGGGGAUGAGGUGGUAUUCAGUUUGCUGGGGAAUCAUGCUUAUAUAUUCCAGCAACAACCCAAUGACCGUAUAUUUAAGACACCUUUGACAGAUGUUCAGACUAGCGUAGAUAAAUUGCUGAAUGGUGAAAGACGAGCAGGAGAUGCUUCAGCGGUUGCUGGUGCUUCUAUUUUAGCAUCUCUUUCAAGCCCGCGACAAGAUUUAUCCCGGUUGAAACCUACAUCUCUGGACAGUGGUCAAACACUACAAGGGGCUGAGCUGCCCCAUCCUCCUAUUGUUCAAGAUGAUGAGCUUGAUGGCCUGGAAGUCAAUUCGGGUACAAAUAUUGAGUGUGAUAGUGCCGCCGAUGGUGGAGCUACCAGCAAGAUUCUUCCACUUGAUGGCAAUCCAGACUCCAUCACAGAGGCAGGCAAUGUAUUAGAAGAAAAAGACUGGACCAGAGAUUCAUUGCCAACAUCAACAUCAGGGAUGCCUUUGAGAUGUGCAGCAUUCAAACAAGACAUUCAUGCUGGGAUUCUCAAUGGACGUGACAUUGAAGUUUCAUUUGACGACUUCCCAUAUUAUUUAAGUGAAAACACAAAAAACGUACUGAUUGCAGCCUCAUACAUUCACUUGAAGCACAGAGAACAAGUUAAAUACACCUCUGAGCUUCCUACUGUGAAUCCGAGAAUUUUACUUUCUGGUCCUGCAGGAUCUGAGAUAUAUCAAGAGAUGCUGGCAAAGGCGCUUGCCUCUUAUUUUGGGGCUAAGUUGCUAAUAUUUGAUAGCCAUUCAUUUUUGGGUGGUUUAUCGAUGAAGGAAGCCGAGCUUAUGAAAGAAGGAUAUAAUGCUGAAAAAUUGUGCAACAUGACCAAGCAAAGUCCUGGACCUUCUGAUUUGGCUAAGGGCACAGGAACUUCAUCUGGGACAUCUAAGAAUCCCUUGUUUAAACUAUAUGACAGAGUUAGAUUCAUUGGUUCUGCUUCUGGUGGUCUAUAUUCGCCUUCAUCUUCUUCAAGGGGCCCAACUUUCGGAGCUCGUGGGAAGGUUAUACUACCAUUUGAAGAUAACCCCUCAUCAAAAAUCGGUGUAAAAUUUGAUAAACCCGUACAAGAUGGGGUGGACUUUGGGGGUCUCUGUGACAGGGGUUAUGGAUUCUUCUGCAAUGUAAAUGAACUUCGUCUGGAAACCACGGGUGCAGAAGAAAUGGACAAACUAUUCAUUAAUACCUUGUUUGAGGCUGUAUUAAACGAAAGCAGAAAUGCUCCUUUCAUUUUGUUUAUGAAAGAUGCUGAGAAGUCUAUUGUAGGGAAUUCAGAAUCAUAUUCUACAUUUAAAAGCAGGCUUGAGAAGCUUCCCGAUAACAUUGUCGUAAUUGGUUCACACACUCAUACAGACAACCGUAAGGAGAAGUCACAUCCUGGUGGUUUGCUUUUCACAAAAUUUGGCAGCAAUCAAACCGCUCUGCUGGACUUGGCUUUCCCGGAUAGUUUUGGGAGACUGCAUGACAGGGGGAAGGAGGUUCCCAAGGCAACUAAACUUCUGACAAAACUUUUUCCCAACAAAGUUACCAUUCUCAUGCCACAGGAUGAGACACUCCUGCUGAGUUGGAAGCAUCAAUUAGAUCGAGAUGCUGAAACCCUCAAAAUGAAGGGAAAUCUGAAUAGCCUACGAACUGUUUUGAGUCGGUGUGGGUUGGGAUGUGAUGGACUUGAGACAUUGUGCAUCAAGGACCAAACAGUUACAAAUGAAAGUGCAGAGAAGGUAGUAGGAUGGGCUCUAAGCCAUUAUUUAAUGCAAAAUCCUCAAGCUGAUACUGCUGCAAAGGUUGUUCUGUCUAGUGAGAGCAUUCAGUAUGGGAUUGGUAUUCUACAAGCUAUCCAGAACGAGUCCAAGAGCUUGAAGAAGACACUCAAGGAUGUUGUGACGGAAAAUGAGUUUGAGAAAAGGCUUCUAGCGGACGUUAUUCCCCCAAGUGAUAUUGGGGUCACAUUUGAUGAUAUUGGAGCACUUGAAAAUGUCAAGGAUACGUUGAAGGAGUUGGUGAUGCUUCCUUUACAGAGGCCUGAGCUUUUCUGCAAGGGUCAAUUAACAAAGCCUUGCAAAGGUAUACUUUUAUUUGGCCCUCCUGGAACAGGAAAGACGAUGCUUGCAAAGGCUGUGGCCACUGAAGCUGGUGCAAACUUCAUCAAUAUAUCUAUGUCGAGCAUUACAUCUAAGUGGUUUGGCGAGGGUGAGAAGUAUGUAAAGGCUGUGUUCUCACUAGCUAGCAAAAUUGCUCCUAGUGUUGUAUUUGUCGAUGAAGUUGAUAGCAUGUUGGGGCGGAGGGAAAAUCCAGGAGAACAUGAGGCCAUGCGCAAGAUGAAAAAUGAGUUUAUGGUGAACUGGGAUGGCUUGCGAACAAAAGAUACAGAAAGGGUUCUGGUACUUGCAGCCACAAACAGGCCUUUUGACCUUGAUGAGGCUGUUAUAAGAAGGCUGCCGCGUAGAUUGAUGGUCAAUUUGCCAGAUGCUCCUAACAGAUCAAAGAUCCUAAGAGUGAUACUAUCAAAAGAGGACUUGUCUCCUGAUGUUGAUCUGGAUUCCAUUGCAAGCAUGACUGAUGGAUAUUCUGGAAGUGACCUUAAGAAUCUGUGUGUAACUGCUGCACAUCGGCCAAUUAGAGAGAUCUUGGAGAAGGAAAAAAAGGAGCACGCCGCAGCUGUUGCAGAAGGCAAACCUCCUCCAGCUUUGAGUGGGAGUUCUGAUAUCCGCCCUCUAAACAUGGAUGACUUCAAAAAUGCGCAUGAACGGGUUUGUGCAAGUGUUUCGUCCGAGUCUGUGAACAUGACCGAACUUCUACAGUGGAAUGAACUGUAUGGCGAGGGUGGCUCUAGGAGGAAGAAGGCCCUCAGCUACUUCAUGUAAAGACUUCUCAUCUGUACAAAUAGUUCUUUUUCUUCCUGAAGUCUGUGCUCUUCGAAUGAAGCUCAGCCCCACCCGGAUUACAGCUCACUUUGGAAUGCUGUGAAGCCCUUUUGUUUGUACAAGGAAGUAGAGGUUUUGAAGUUAUACUUUGUAUCCUUAGUCUGAGAUGGUUGGUGUGAAGGUAGGGUAGCCGCCAAAGUUGUGGCAUGGCUACCCUGCUUUUGUUUUGUUUCCCCAUCUCUCUUUGCUGUCAAUUUGGAGAGGACUGUGUUUCUAUUUAAGUUUCUUAAGCAAACAGAAGAGAGUAAUUAUUCCUGACCCUGUGCAUAUAAUUUAUAGUCAUUCUUUGUGGGUGAUAUUAGAAUCGAACAAUAAGCAAUGCUGGAUGGUUAUCAUUUCUUUUUUUGGUCUCUUACGUU